AUGGAAAUCGCAGCAUCAAGGUCGCUCAACUUAGUUGGCUUAACUGGGCGCUCUUACAUAUUCAAGAAGAUGCCAAGGCCCGUGCCCACCUUCAACGAGGAUAUCCGACCGAGACUUCCUCAUACUCCUCGCGUUCGACUGCCAGUAGAUACUAUACCUGAUCGACCCAUACUCAAUACCUUGGUUGAGAAGGUGCAGAUCUCCGAUUUUGAGUGUGUAGGUCACCUCCCGAAGGAUGUCUGGGUUACAGGAACCAUGGCUGGGAACAAUAACAGGCGUAGCCCUAAAGCCAACUUUAUAGCAGCGCUUAACAAGCUAACUGACCUAUUUUCAUUAGGGCUUGUAGUAAGUGCUAACAUAAGCCGCGAUGCCGAUUUUGAGUCACAAGAAUCAGAAGGUGCAUCAAAAUUGAGCAUCCGCCGGCAGCUUCGGGUUUCAUGUUUUAGUGACCAAGAAGGAAUAGAUGCUCUCAUGGAGCAUAUUAAGCUUGUCGAAGAUGAGGAUACGGGGCUCAAGCGCUUGGCUCCUAAGUUACACUGGGGAGAUCGAGUCUCAGAUUCCCACCCAUAUGUGCCGUUUCAAGAGCGGACGGGUGUUGAUUCGACGUUCAAGGACUUGGUCCGAGGAUUGAAUAAUCUGGACCCCUCACGACGAUUUACUGCUCAGGCGUUGGAACACCCCUGGUUUGAAGGCAUCAAACUUGCUUUCUAG